UCAGUAAGGACUCACCUUUCAUUAGUUCACGUGGAGCUUUGUAUUUAAUUGUGUCUCAUGGAGGGCAGGAUCGCAUGUGGACUGUGGAUGGUCGUUUUUCUUUUGGGAUGUGGGCAACUGUCGGCAUUCAACCUGGACACCGAGAAUGUCCUGCAGAAGAACGGAGAUCCAGGCAGCUACUUCGGCUUCUCUCUCGCCAUGCACUGGCAGCUUGCUCCUAAGGAUAAGAGAAUGCUGCUGGUCGGUGCCCCGAGAGCAAAAGCCCUGAGGGGUCAAACAUCUAAGGUGACAGGAGGACUGUACAACUGUGACAUGACCUCUUCCUCAAGUAGUUGCAACAGAGUGCUCUUUGAUGACAACGAGGAUAAAAAGAAAGAAAGCAAAGAGAACCAGUGGAUGGGAGUGUCAGUCAGCAGUCAGGGGCCAGGAGGCAAGGUUAUGACCUGUGCCCAUCGCUACCAGCGGCGGAACAAUGUGGGCACAAACAUCGAGUCCCGUGACAUUAUCGGUCGCUGCUACGUGAUGAGUCAGUCUUUGACUAUCAAUCCCUCGUCCAAUGAAGAAGGAGAUAGCUGGCAUUUCUGUGAUAGCCGGCCCAGAGGCCACGAGAUGUUUGGCUCCUGCCAGCAGGGCAUCUCUGCCAUUUUCGACAAGGACUACCACUACCUCAUCUUUGGGGCUCCUGGAGCGUACAACUGGAAAGGUAUGGUACGCUUGGAACAAAAGAACGAAACUUUUCUGGAGAUGGACAUCUAUGACGACGGUCCUUUUGAAGUGGGAGAUGAGGACCAAAAGAACCCUGACCUGGUACCUGCUCCUGACAACAGCUACCUGGGCUUCUCUCUGGACUCGGGGAAGAGUCUGACCAAGAAGGGUCAGUUGACGGUGGUGGCAGGAGCUCCAAGAGCGAACCACAGUGGAGCGGUGGUGCUGCUGAAGAAAGGCGCGGAAACCACUAGCAUCAUGCUAGAAGAGUUCACCCUGGAAGGGGAAGGACUGGCCUCGUCUUUCGGCUACGAUCUGGCUGUGCUGGAUCUCAAUGGGGACGGUUGGCAGGACAUAGUGGUGGGAGCACCUCAGUACUUUGAAAAGGACGGGGAAAUCGGAGGAGCUGUCUACGUCUACAUCAACAAAGCUGGAAAGUGGAACAAAGUCAUGCCCAUCAGAAUAGACGGACCCAAGAACUCCAUGUUUGGCCUGGCUGUGGCAAACCUCGGAGACAUAAAUCAGGAUGGUUACCAUGAUUUUGCAGUGGGAGCUCCACAUGAGGGUGCAGGGAAUGUUUACAUCUACCACGGAGCAGCCACAGAUCUCACCUUUAAAAAAGCUGCACAGGUUCUGUCCGGCCAGCCCGGAGUGGAGAUGUUUGGCUACUCUUUGGCAGGAAACAUGGACCUAGAUAGGAACUCCUACCCUGACCUGGCUGUCGGGUCCCUCUCUGACUCCGUCUUUGUCUACAAAGCCCGUCCAGUUAUUAACAUCAAGAAGAAAAUCACGUUCUCACCGAAGGAAAUCGACCUAACCAAGAAGAACUGUGACGGCAGCUCCUGCUUGGAAGUUAAGGCGUGCUUUACCUACACUGCCAACCCCAAGAGCUACUCUCCCAGACUGACGGUGGCGUACUCCAUCAUGGUGGACGCUGAAUACAAAAAGAUCGGUCUUAAUCCCAGGGCAAAAUUCUCAGGGGAGUCUGAGAAAAACUACGAGUCCAAAGGAAUCAUCACCAUGGACAGCAAAGGAGCAGAAAAGUGCAUUACGCGUCAGCUUGUCAUGCAGGAAAAUAUUCGAGACAAGCUGAACGGGAUCCUCAUCGAUGUGUCCGUGGAAAUCCAGAACAGCAACCGUAAACGCAGACAGAGCUCAACUACUGAAGUACCACCUGUCCUGGACGCCAAAGUGCCAUCGACCAUUCGAUCUGAGGUGAAUUUCCUGAAGGAAGGUUGUGGCGCAGACAAUAUUUGUGAGAGCAACUUGCAGUUAGAGUAUCGCUUCGGCCACAGGACAACUGACGAAGACACGUUCACUCCAUUACCAAAGGUGGGCGACUUUCCGCUGAUCUCGCUCAGCGACCAGAAGGAGAUCGCGUUGGAGGUCAAAGUAUCCAAUCAAAAAGGAGAUGAUGCGCACGAAGCGUCAGUGCUCGCCACACUCCCACGCUCCCUUACCUACUCUGCUUACCGCUCUACACAGAAUGAGAUCGUCUGUAUAGCCAAUAAAGACGGUUCGAACGCCAAAUGUGACCUUGGAAACCCGUUCAGAGGCAACUCAGAGACGACCUUCUAUAUUAUCCUGAGUACAUUAGGCAUCUCUCUCAACACUACCGAACUAGAGAUUGAUCUUCAGCUAAAUACGACAAGCAACCAGGACAAAAUGGCCCCUAUUAAAGCAAAGGCAAAGGUGGCUAUCAGUUUGCGGCUGUCUAUAUCAGGACAAGCCAAGCCGUCCCAGGUCUACUUUACAGGAAAGGUGAAAGGGGAGACGGCCAUGAAGACUGAAAGUGACAUUGGCAGUGCCCUCAUACACCAGUUCAGAAUAAUCAAUCUGGGAAAGCACUUGAAAAAAUUUGGCACCGCCACCCUUAACAUCGACUGGCCAAAAAACACAGCGAAUGAGAAGUGGCUGCUCUACCUGAUGGAGAUCAGCUCCACUGGAGUGGAACAAAUGGAGUGCACUCCUAAAGGGGAGGUCAACACCAUUUCCGUGGAGCCAAGUAAAACCAGGAACAGAAGAGCAGUAGAAGAAAUCCCAGGAAGUGACAAGGGCACUAUUUCACGUUUACUUGACAAGAAGAAAUUGAUAACUCUGUCCUGUGAAAAAGGGGCCAAAUGUGUGAGGAUAACAUGCCCCCUGCAGGGCCUGGACAGUAAUGCAGUCAUCACUCUCAACUCUCGCCUCUGGAACAGCACCUUCAUAGAGGAUUUUUCUGACUUCCAUCAUGUGGAGGUGAAAGUGAAGGCUCAUCUGAGUGUCGACAGCAAAGCAAAGAACAUAAUACUGGAACAUGCGGAGACACUUGUGAGUCUGACUGUGUUCCCAGAGAGGCGUGAAGCCCAGUCCGGCGGAGCGCCGUGGUGGAUCAUUGUGCUGUCCAUCCUGUUCGGGCUGUUGUGGUUGGCCCUGUUGGCUUUCCUUCUGUGGAAGUGUGGCUUUUUUAAGCGUACCAAAUAUGAAGACAAGGUUCCAAGUUACAACGCUGUUCGGAUAAAACGGGAGGAGAUAAACCCAGUGAGUAGUAACUGGGAAAACCUGGAAAAGAAGCCCUGGAUGACAACCUGGCAUGACAAAGAACAUUAUUCUUAACAGUGAGAUCUGACUUCACAUAGAUUUCCUGUCGCUUACUGAUGAAAUCCCAAAUUCAAAGAUUUUUCCUGCCUUGUCUUUGCACAGUGUGGACUGUAAAUAUCAACAAAGUAAAUCAUGUUAAAAAAACUUUUGUAGGACUACAUUCUUGAUCAAAUAUUCUGCUUCAGAGGCUGAUUUGAUCUUUGAUAAAGUCUGUAUGAAUCACUGGAAGAAGAGUUGCAGUGUGGGAGAUUGUCCUUCACAACUACUGUCUGUCACAGCUUUGUUUUGUACAUUUACU